AUGGGCCAAAUAAUCCGUCUGAACUACUAUUCCGACAUGGAUGGCGAGCCAGAUCCUUCUGUGGUUUUGGAGAUGCUUGCAAGGCUGGGUCAAACUAUCAUGCGAACGCACGAUCUUGAAAAUACCAAACGCGGACUAGAUCUGGGCUUGAGCCGUGGCUAUUCUGGUUCGCAGGCCGCCAAGCACUUGAUGGGCUUGGCAGCCGCCAACUACGCCGGAGGUCCCGGCCGCAAGAAGAGGGAGCCCAUGAUGACCGAGUAA